AUUUGUGGAAUUCUGAAGCCGGAAGUCGCUCUGAAUCGUGAAGUUCUGGGGGAAGCUGCUUGGUCAACUCUUAUUCAAAACUUUAGACAGACUUAUUUAACUGCUGUUUUUAGAAGCUGAAUCUAUAGUCUCCCAACUAAUCCUGUUCGUAGGGUUUACGUCGCUUCCAGACGAGUGUGAAGUGACUUUUAAAGUGCUCCUCAUGGCAUUAUUUUGGGCGAGAGAGCAGUAAUUAGCGAAGCCCUGUUGAUCAGAUCAGCCAGAGGUCGCAGAACUGCAGAGUAAGCGAUGCAGACUUUGUUGGCAAAAGAGGCUUCAAAAAUAUUUUAAAAAUCCUACCAACCCCAAACCUUUGAACGGUGGUCUCUAAGGACUGUAAGAUGACCGAGUAUAAGUUGGUUGUUGUGGGAGCAGGUGGUGUCGGGAAGAGCGCAUUAACCAUCCAACUCAUUCAGAAUCACUUUGUGGAUGAAUAUGACCCCACUAUUGAGGACUCUUACAGGAAGCAGGUGGUGAUUGAUGGUGAGACGUGUCUGUUGGACAUCCUGGACACUGCAGGUCAGGAAGAAUACAGCGCAAUGAGGGACCAGUACAUGAGGACAGGAGAGGGUUUCCUCUGUGUCUUCGCUAUAAACAACAGCAAAUCCUUUGCAGACGUGCAUUUGUACAGAGAGCAGAUCAAGCGCGUGAAGGAUUCAGACGAUGUUCCCAUGGUCCUAGUGGGGAACAAAUGUGAUUUGGCCAGAACAGUGGACACCAAGCAAGCUCAGGAACUUGCCAGAAGCUACGGCAUAGAGUUUGUAGAAACUUCUGCAAAGACCAGACAGGGAGUUGAGGAUGCUUUUUACACCCUCGUCCGUGAGAUCCGGCAUUAUCGCAUGAAAAAGCUCAACAGCAGAGAAGAUAGGAAGCAGGGCUGCCUGGGCGUGUCCUGUGAAGUCAUGUGACUGCACUGUCUCCCCCUUUGUUUUUUGUUUUUUUGUUUUGAGCAGUUUCUUGACCAGGCAGCUGGAAGCCUCGUGACCAUGUGUGUGCGUGUGUGCAGAGUUUGCCCUCUGCUGGCUGAAAGGGAUUAAUGCACAACUGGUCAUCUUUCCUGUUGGCCUGCUGUAAUAGAAAAAUGAGGCCAUUGGACAUUACAUGUUUUCACUGAGGCUCAUUUGUCUCAUUUAGUACUUGGGUUUUCCCUCUUCCUUUGGAAGAAAAACUUAAACGGGCAUUGAGAUUGGGCAUUGAGUUCUUCUUUCUUCACUUCUGACCCCUUAUGAACACAACAGCACAUUGGCAUUGAUUAAAGAAAUUCUAAAUUGCAGAAGGGUGCAACUCAUAAAAUCAUGCCUAGGCCAUAUUUCACCACAAAAAUCUAAAGAAUAAAUAAUUAAGGAAUUAUAUUUUGAAGCUUUUUUUUUUUUUUUUUACCCCCCAAACUCUUAUCAUAAUGCAUCUGAAAUUGUAUUUAUUUUUGAUUCCCAUUGUUUUAAUGCAAUACACUUUUACUGUAAUAUAAUAUUUUCUUCAGUAGGCAUAACGUCAGUCUAACACCUACUACUAUGAUGCAUAAAUACUUCACAGUUUAAAUAUACAUUCUUUUUUUUUUCACAUUACCAUACUGAGAUUUGGAGGGGAAAUGUGUUUGUCAACAAAUAUGUGACAGUGUCACAUUGCAAAAAAAUUUUCACCCAAAAAUUUUCACCCAAGAAUGCUUUGAUUAUAAGAAAUGCAUAUUUCACCGAAGGAAAGGAACUGCAUUUUUAAAUGUUAUUUAAAUUGGAAUUAAUAUAGAUAAUUACCAUAUAUCUUAAAAUGGAAGCUGUUAUUUUUAAAGUUUUAGAAAUCUCAGACCUGAUGUUGUAAAGGCCUCAGAAGUGAGAAAGUGAAAUGCCCUUUAAUCUUAAUCCGCAGGUUCAAUGCUCAGGAAUACUGUGAACACAGAAAAUCUUCAGAAAUGUAUGGGAUUAUUUCUGUUUAUUUCUUUCCCUUUUUUUGUAGCCAAAGAGUUUAUUUAGCAUUUACUUUUACCGUUUUCUGUCGUAUACAGUAGUUCCAUUCACUCUAGAAUAUCACCUUUUUCUUUUAUUCUCUUUGCUCUCAGAUGUUAAUUGUAUAUUUUGACAUAUAAUACACAAUGAUUAGAAUGAUUUAGCCUAGAUACAGAUCGGAUUUCAAGCAUGGGGUGUGAUGGAUUUUACUUAAAGGGCCUUUUGAAUCAUGGUGCUGCUGGUGUACAUGCCAAAUUUAUGUGCCGCCUUUUGUGUCCUAUAUAGCAUGACAUCUUUUAGCCCAUGUUAAACAAUGUCUUAAAUCUUCCAGUGAAAGCUGCAAAAAUGUUUUUUGUUGGGAUUGUAACAGAUCAGAGGUUUGUUGCUAUGUUAUUUUCAUGCCUGAAGUCUCUUCUUGAGAGCCAAUGAAGGUUUAUCAAGAAGUUAAAGCGAUUUUUCGUGUUGACUAUCAUGUUAUUUAUAUGGCAUUUGUCUGAAACUGUGCCUAAUUUCAUCAACAGUGAAAUCUGCAAUAUGUUCCAUUAUUCGUACUGCGGUUGCGUUUGGCCUUCUGUCCUCGUUUUAACAGAGGCAGGAUGUUUUCUUAAAAAUACAAACUAAGUUUGCCAUUACAUUAACAAUUCUUUCUUUUUCAACAUUAUCGAGACUUGAUUUAUGAUGUAUUUUGCAGUUUUAGCACAAUUUACUAGUGUCACAGACUUUCCUUAAUCAGAAAAUCAUGUGACAAUGGACAUUUUUCUUUUUUGGGGGGAGGGGAGGGGGGGGGGGGGGGGGAUUCAUGUAUAACAGAUGUUUAAUGUGCCUACCAUAUUACAACACGUUUUACCAGUAAAUUAAUUGGAAACUGA